AUGAACCUCGUCGACAGAGCCUUCGUCAGAUCAUACUACCAAGAAGCAAUCCAAAACAUCACAGAACAGGAAGCGGACAUCUGGGGCCCUACGCCUCACCUCGUCACAGGACUCGUCAAAUCCAAAGCACGCUACGCAAUCCUGUCACAUCGGUGGGGCGCUGACGAGCCCACAUACCUCGAUCUCUCCACCCCCGCCAGACUCGCACAGCUUGAAGACGAGCAGCCUCAGGGCCCGGGGUACAGCAAGCUCAAGAACUUCUGCCGCGAAGCCCGCAAGCACGGGAUGGUCUUUGGCUGGUCGGACACGUGCUGCAUCGACAAGAGCAGCAGUGCAGAGCUGGACGAGUCCAUACGGUCGAUGUUCCGGUGGUACCGCAACGCGGAGCUCUGCCUCGUGCACCUUGCGCAGACACGCGGGCUGCAUGAGGUGCACCGUGACCCGUGGUUUCGACUCGGCUGGACGCUACAGGAGUUGCUCGCACCGCGCAGGAUCAAGUUCUUUGCUGCGGACUGGGUGGUGCUCACGGUGGAGGAGAACGACAAAGCUGUGAACGCGUCACUCUUGGAGCCCCUGGAGCGCGCGACGGGGAUCCGCGAGGUCGAUCUGCGCAACUUCGCGCCAGAUCCGUUUGAUGUGGAUAUAAGGAUGACAUGGGCAGCGCAGCGGGUGACGACACGCGCUGAAGACGCAGCGUAUGCGCUGAUGGGCAUGUUCGACGUGAGCAUCCAGAUUGCGUACGGCGAAGGCGCGGACCGGGCGUUUGCGCGCGUCGUCGAGGCAAUCAUGCUCGCUGGCGGGAGCCCGACGGUGCUGAACUGGGCGGGCCCCGCUGCG